CUAACAACAAAUAAAGGAAUGGACCUCUGGCUGUUGCUGUAGGAUCCUAAGUCCAGGUGACAUUUUGAACGAAACAUCAACAGCAAUUGAAACCAUUCACAUGAUAUCUGCAGUUCAAUGAUGGACCAAAAUCAACAUUUGAGUAAGACAGCAGAGGCACAAACUUCCAAGAAAAAGAAAAUUAGAAACUGCUGCAAUGGAUUCAAGAUGUUCUUGGCAGCCUUGUCACUCAGCUUUAUUUCUAAGGCACUAAGUGGAAUCAUUAUGAAAAGUAAUAUCACUCAAAUAGAAAGGAGAUUUGACAUAUCAUCUUCUACUGUUGGCUUAAUUGACGGAAGCUUUGAAAUGGGAAAUUUGCUUGUGAUUGUAUUUGUGAGUUACUUUGGAGCCAAAUUACACAGACCGAAGCUAAUUGGAAUUGGUUGCGUCAUUAUGGGAAUUGGAAGUAUUUUGACUGCUUUACCGCAUUUUUUCAUGGGAUAUUACAGGUAUGCUAAAGACACUCCUGUUAAUCCAGCAGAGAAUUCAACAUCAAGAAUAUCAACCUGUUCGAUUGAUCAAAAUUUGUUACUUAAUGGAACAUCACUGGAGAGAGUGAGAAAAGGUUGGGAAAAGGAAUCUGGGUCAUACAUUUGGAUAUACGUUCUAUUGGGUAAUAUGCUUCGUGGAAUUGGGGAAACGCCCAUAGUGCCCUUGGGAAUUUCUUACAUCGAUGAUUUUGCUAAAGAAGGACAUUCUUCUUUUUAUUUAGGUAAUUUGCUUGCAAUAGCAAUGAUUGGUCCGAUCACUGGCUUUUUACUGGUAUCUCUGUUUUCUAAAAUGUAUGUGGAUAUUGGAUAUGUAGAUCUGAGCACUAUCAGAAUAACUCCUAAGGAUUCUCGUUGGGUUGGUGCUUGGUGGCUUGGUUUCCUUGUGGCUGGACUAGUAUCCAUUAUUUCCUCUAUACCAUUCUUUUUCUUGCCCAAAAAUUUGGAUAAACCAAAGAAAGAAAAAAAAGCUUCCAUAUCUUUGCCUAUGAAAAAUGAAGAAAAGAGUCAAACUACUCAUUUGACCAAGCAGAGGCAAAAUGUUACUGAAACUGUAGCUGGUUUUUUCCAGUCCUUGAAAAGCAUCCUUAACAAUCCCCUAUAUGUUAUAGUAUUAUUUUUGACACUGCUGCAAGCCAGUAGCUAUAUUGGUUCUAUCACCUAUAUCUUCAAAUACAUAGAACAACAGUAUGGCCGGUCAGCCUCUGAGACUAGCAUUUUGUUUGGAAUCAUAACCAUACCAACUUUUGCAACUGGAAUGUUUACAGGAGGAUAUAUCGUUAAAAGAUUCAAAUUCUCCUUGGUUGGAAUUGCCAAAUUUUCAUUAUGUACUCACAUGUUGUCCUUCCUGUUUCAUUUAUUAAAUUUUGCACUAAUCUGUGAAAACAAAUCAGUUGCUGGACUAACCUUGACCUAUGAUGGAAAUCAUCCAGUGGCAUCUCAUAUAAAUGUACCACUUUCUUAUUGCAACUCAGACUGCAAUUGUGAUCAAAGUCAAUGGGAACCACUCUGUGGGGACAAUGGAAUAACUUACAUAUCACCUUGUUUAGCAGGAUGCACGUCUUCAAGUGGCAGUAAAAAAUCUAUUGUGUUUCAUAACUGUAGUUGUAUGGAAGUAAAUGGUUUCCAGAGCAGAAAUAACUCAGUGAAGUUGGGUGAAUGCCCGAAAAAAGAUCACUGUACAAGAAAAUUUUACAUUUAUAUAGUAGUGCAAAUAUUUAUUUAUUUUUCCUCUGCAUUGGGAAGCACCUCAAAUAUCAUGCUGGUUUUUAAAAAUGUUGAACCUGAACUGAAAUCACUUGCCAUGGGUUUCCAUUCACUAACUAUUCGAAUGCUAGGAGGAAUUCCAGCUCCUAUCUAUUUUGGAGCUCUGAUUGACAGAGCUUGUAUGAAGUGGUCUGUCAACAACUACGGGAAACAAGGGUCUUGCAGAAUAUACAAUUCCACAUUAUAUGGAAAUACUUUCUUUGGCUUGACUACAGCCUUAAAACUCCCAGCCCUUGUUUUAUAUGUUGUAUUAGUUUCUGCUAUGAAGAAAAAAUAUCAAGGAAAAGAUAUCAAGGCAUCAGAAAAUGAAACAAAAGCCAUGAAUGAAGCAAACUUAGAAUCGUUAAGUAGUGAUACCAAGGUGGACCGUGAAACACGUAUUUAAGGGAAGAAAAAAAAAUCUGCUGCUGUGUUUUCAACUAACAUUGUAUUAAUUGAGUAGGAUGUUGCCUUUGAGCAGUUCCUGGUCCUUUCACUGAAGAUUUCCACAUUCUAUACUAAUAAUGGAACAAUGAAUCGCCUAUGAAUUUAUGACAAUGAAACAAACUAUAAAUGGGGAAAAGUGGGAGUACUCACUGUUAAGGUAUGGCUGUGCAUUUGUGGUUAAGAUUAGAAUAUAUGAGCCAUACAAAUUUAAAGUGAAAAGUAUGGUUAAUACGUAAUAGAAGAAAGAGUAUUUGCUCAGGUAAUUGUAAUGCAAUAAAAUCAGUGACUAGAAAAUAGGUAGAGGUGAAAAAGGGAGAGAGAAAUUAAGAGUCUAAAUAAGGAGAAAAGCCUAAUACAUUUAAAACAAAACAAAACAGUUUGGACCACGUUACUCAAACCUAAAGUUUAGUCUGAUGGAGGGCUUAUGCUAUCGUGACAUCUGUCAUUCAUAUAUUGUCAUAUAUUUCCCAGACCUUAUUAAUUUCUAAUUUGAAAUUGUGUUUGUCAACACCUGAUAUAUCUUUUUACAACCUCUCAUUAAAAUACUGCCGAAGAAAUAGAGCUAAUCAAAAACUGCAAGCUGUGAUCAUCAGACAACAUAUUGCAGAAUGUGUUAAGUUUCUUUCAGGCCCAUGGAAAUGAGUUAAGAAACACCGACAUUAACUUGAGAAAGCAAAGCCCAUUUAAAAGAUGUGUCUUCAUUUUGUUUGCUCUCUGGAAGAAGUGGAGUCUGCACCAAAUCAUGUACCAACUGUCUUGCAAUUGCAUGGCUUUUUGUGUGUUUGUUUAUGUUUGGUGCACAGAGACAUCUUUCACACCCCCACAAGUAGAACAAGAAGUGGAGUGAAUGAGAACAAAUAUUUGAAUAGUGCAUUUGCUAGUGACGGCAGCUUUAUUAUAGUGAAUGCCAGAAACUGUAGAUUUUAUUCUCAAUAGGCUAAAAGAAAAAAAUGGGGGGUCAUCAGAAUCACCUGUGAAACAUUUUUUUAAGACACCACAGUCAUACACCCACCCAAGAUUCUGAUUCAAAUCACUUGUGAUAUAGCCUAGACAUCUCCUUUAAAAAAAAAAUCCACAAGUAGCCCUUGAUAAGGAGAUAUAAUAAAACAAGCCACAUGAUAGAAGACGUUUCUGAGAGUACCAAAGUACACAACAGGAAUGCUUUUUAGAAUCUGGGAAUUACACUGGAAUUAUAUAUACUAACCUAUUCGCAAACUGUAGACCUGAGAAAAGAUUCAUUAAUCAUAAAAGCAGAAAUUUGGAAAAGUCACCCACAGGCUAGGGUACUGUGUGACAGGUCUGAUGGGAUCGUCUCACUAAAAAAUAAAGAGAGAAAAUUACAGAGCUGUUUUCUAAAACAUUGCAAAGAAAAUACAGGCAGUAUCUUGAAUAUUUAUUUCUUCAAUAAUUAUUGAAUGUCACAAAUCUGACAGGUAAAAUGAAAUAUAACAGUAAACAAAAACAAAGAAAGACACUACCUCGUGGAGCUUACACUUUAAAGGGGAAGAACUUUAAAUUAUAAAAUGUUAAAAUUAUAUAAAUUAAAAGAAUAAAUUUAUAUUUAUAUGUGGUAUAUACAGUGAAAGAAAGGAACAUUUACAUAUAUAUAUACAGCAGAUUAUUUGAUCUACUUCAGAACCCAGGAAUCCAGAAUAAAUACUAAUCUUUAAUUCAUUUUUUCUUUAAUCUUAAAUUCAAUGGCAUUUAUUAAACAUGAAUACAGAUCCUAGGGAAAAAAUUCAAUGGAGAUAAGAGUAUGAUAAGAAAACUUUUCAAAGAAGCAAAAUAAUGCAAGUGUGUAGUUAAAAUAUACAUUGGAUAAAAUUGAAAGAAGACAAUGGCCCAAAAUUGAAAUCCAUGAUAAAGAAGAUACAUUUGAAAAAAGAACAAAAUAAUGCCAUUUGCAGUGACAUGGGUGGACCUAGACAGAGAUUGUCAUACUGAAUGAAGUAAGUCAGACAGAGAAAGACAAACAUCAUAUAUCGCUUAUACGUGGAAUCUAAAAUAAUGGUACAAAUGAACCUAUUUACAAAACAGAAAUAGAGUCACAGAUGUAGAAAACAGACUUAUGGUUACCAAGGGGAAGGAGGGGAGGAUAAAUUGGGAGACUGGGAUUGACAUAUACAAACUACUACAUAUAAAAUAAGCAAUAAGAACUUACUGUAUAGCACAGGGAACUCUACUCAAUACUUUGUAAUGACUUACAUGGGAAUAGAAUCUAAAAAAGAGUGGAUAUUUUUUUAAAAAUCUGUGAAAAUGUAGAAGAAAAAUAUAAAGGAGCAAUUCGUAAAAGAAAGGUAGGCGAUUUAGAGGACAAACUAAAAAAGCAACCUAAGAAAUCUUUUUUUUGAGGAAGAAAUCAGAGUUGGAAAAGAAGCAUUAAUCAGAGAUUUAGUGGAAGAAUGCCUUCCUGCUCUGAAGAAAGACUUGAGUAUCCAGACUGAGGUCUCCACGUCUUCGCACUCCUUUCCAUUUUCAUGCAAUGGAGUCUUUUCUCAUGAUGUUUCCCUCUCCUGAAAUGUUCUUUUUUUCCAUGAAACUGCUUCUCAGCAUUCAGAUGUAAGCUCGGUCACCAUUCCCUCAAUGUCUCUGACGUCUUCAUCAGUAACAAAAUCUUCCAAUAUAUUUGUAGCAAUACAGCACUUACCAAAAUGGUAAUUUUACAUUUAUUUAUUAUGGUUUUUUGAUAAUUGUCUGUCUCCCCUGCUAGUCAUAAGCUCUAGGAAGGUAGGAAGUGAACUCAUUUUACCUGUUUGUUUUAUUCCCUGGAUCUAGCUUUGUGACUGACAAAUAGGUGGUUAUUAAUUAUUUUUGAAAGAACGAAUGAGUGAAUGAAUAUAUGAACUCCAAAAAUGUCAAUCACAUGAAAUAUGAAUGUUAUAAGAACUAAAAACAACAUGCAAAAAUAAAAAUAGCUGCAUUAAGUAAUUGGAUAGGGACUGAUGGUUUCUGAUGUUUGAAGAUUUUCUUUAAUAUCUUUAAAUGAAAAAAUAUAUUUUAAAAUGUCAAAAAAGAGUUUUUUGAGUGCCAUCUACAUGCUAAGCACAAGAGAUAAAAACAUUUAUGAAAUAGAAUCUUGGCCCUUUAGGAGCCCACAAUGAGGUGAGAAUAGGCAUAUAAAUGUAUGAUAAUAUACACUGUAAUCAAUAAUAGAAUAAAAAACGUCCAUGUGUCUCAUUCAUAAAGAUCAGGCUAGACUCUGUUUCAGUUUCAGCAUAUAUAUUUUUGGAGAUUUUUACAACCCUCCCGCAAAAAACAGUGUUGAGAAUUUAUCACAACCAAUCUGGCAGUGGCCAUUGUCACUUUCCUCUUGUGUGCCUUCCACCCUUCCUAAAUAAACUUGCUCACCACCUGGAAACAAGAACCAACCUGAUGAGAAGAUGAGUAGACAAGCAGUGUGAUUUCAGCAACACCAACUCCAAAUCUGACUGUCAAUUUUAUAAGACCAAAAGGUUUUGUAAAGGGAGUGUCCUUAGAAGCAGAUGAAAAGUAGAAAUUUAAGUUACCACUAAAAACAAACAAACAAAAAACCCAAAAAACAACCCACAGACACAUCUCUCUCAACCAAUCUCCAUUGUUAAACUUGAGGCUGUUUCAAGUUCUAUCCUUAGAAGCUUAUACCUUUGAAUUAAAACUCUGUUUAAAUAUAUUUAUCGAGCACUUCACAGUAGGAGUGAGAUUCCAAUCCUUUUAAAGGAAUACAUUUUUGAAAGGAGUGGAAAUGGAAAACAAUGAAGAUGUUCAGAAAGCAAGAGCAAAGGUAACAGAAAAGUGAGAUGAUUGGCACCAAAUAUCUUUUGUCUAUUCCCCAUUCUGUUUAAGACCGAUCUUACCAAUAAUGAUUCUAUACAAUUUAAACCCUCUGUAAAAAUGUUCCUUUGAGUCACAUUCAUUUUUAAAAUGUCUUCAUUUGUUUAAUAAUUCUAA